AUGGCUAUGAUGAUCGUCUGGAACGAAUUUAGUCUAGCCACAAUCGGGAUUUGGAUGAUGUUCGUUCGGGCCCUAGACUCGACUCAGCAAAGCAGCAGCUCGACGCAUUUCGACAAGAGGAGAGAAAUUGUAGUAGAUACCCAUGAAUUCUCCGAAUGGAUCUAUCCGGCGGUGACUUACCGCCUCUGGUUCCAUGGUAGGUGGACUGCAUCUUCUGCGUCACCCUGGAUGCCAUUGUGUGUUCGUGGAUUGCUCGAAGCUCCUACACAGGAUGGUAGAAUGGUACAUGAUUACUUGGGGGUAGGGUACGCAGCUAUCGACGAUGCGAAUUGCGUUGCCACAUCGAGUUGUACGUAA